UUCUGAUUGGCGGAGGGCGCUGUCAGUCACCGCGGAGUGGGCGGGGCUAGAGGAGAGAAAUGGCGAGUCUGUCCAGCAGCGAGCCGCAGGAGAUGGAAGUUGACAGGCGAGGUGAAUCUGAAGAGUCAGGAGAUGACGAGACCAAGAGGAAGAGUCUUAAUGGAGAGGUGGAGCUCGAUUCCCAACAGGCCUCCACAGUCCCAGAGGAGUCGCCUGUUGAUAUGGACACCAUAACCCUCGACCCUAAUGAAGAGGAUGUGGAUCUGGUGCACUGUCGGAUUGGGAAGAUUGAAGGGCUGGAAGUUUUGCAGAAAGCCAAGACUCUUUCUCUCAGACAAAACCUGAUUAAGAAGAUUGAGAACCUGGAGAGCCUGUCGUCUCUGCGGGAACUCGACCUGUACGACAACCAGAUCCGCAAACUGGAGAACCUACAGGCCCUGACUGAGCUGGAGCAGCUAGACGUAUCGUUUAACCUCCUGAGGAAGAUCGAGGGGUUGGAGAGAUUAACGAAGGUGAAGAAGCUCUUCCUGCUGCACAAUAAGAUAAGCAGCAUCGCUAACCUAGAACACCUCACAAGCCUUCACAUGCUGGAGCUGGGGUCCAAUCGCAUCAGGAUCAUCGAGAAUCUAGACGCUCUUACCUCAUUGGAUAGUUUGUUUCUUGGCACGAAUAAAAUCACGAAGCUACAGAAUCUGGAUGGUCUGCACAAUCUGACGGUCCUCAGUAUUCAGAGUAAUCGUAUCACAAAGCUGGAGGGUCUCCAGAACAUGGUGAACCUGAGGGAACUCUACCUGAGCCACAACGGCAUCGAGGUCAUCGAGGGUCUGGAGAACAACAAAAAGCUGACGACCCUGGACAUCGCGGCCAACAGGAUAAAGAAAAUCGAAAACAUAAGUCACCUAACAGAUCUGCAGGAAUUCUGGAUGAACGACAACCAGAUAGAGAACUGGAGCGACCUGGACGAGCUGAAGAACGCCAAAGGUUUAGAGACGGUGUAUCUGGAGCGGAACCCCCUGCAGAAGGACCCUCAGUACAGGCGCAAGAUCAUGCUGGCGCUGCCCAGCGUCCGGCAGAUCGACGCCACCUUCAUCCGCUUCUGACGCCCCGCCCUCCUGCACUAAUACCCCCCCAGUGCCGGCCCUGCCCACCUCCCAGAACCUUCCCAGAACCCUCCUAGAACCUUCUUAUUAGAACCUUACGUAGAUCUCUGAGGACUUAGUCAUUUCGUAGCUAGCCGUUAGCAUGUGAACGAGCUGUGGGUCUGUUAUUAUGGGUUUCUCUCAGAUUGAAUUAACAGAUGAACUCAUGUAACCUAAAUAUCCCAUAAUUACAUGAUUAUAUGAUACGUUUUCCUCCUGAAUGGCAGCAGAUGCUUUAAAAUAUUAGCUCGAUGCUCCAUAUUCAUAUGGGAACUUUGCUUUAUUAGCCUGUAUUGUUGACUGUUGAGUAUAUUGUGUGGAGAUUAGAUUAGCACAGAUUCUGAAUAUCUCCAGUCAUUUUGAAUGGGAGUUAGUGUUCUCCUCCAAGCGUGUUGAGCCUCUAGAGCUGUUAACAGCAGCUUGAGAGGAAAACUGUUGUUCUGUUUUAGCUUUUCCCUUCAUAGAAGUAUCUGGUAGCAGCAUCGUUUGACAAAGGGAGUCCAAGGUAAUGGGCGAGGUGACGAGUACAUGAUUUAUAUUUAACUUCAGGCCUUAGGCCACACCCACUUUGAGUUAAAAUCCGAACACAGAUGGAGAUAAGGAUAUUUUGAGCACUAAACGGAAACAGACAGAUUAAAAGUAGUUUUAAGAACAUGGUACACUGGAACUGGUAGCAUCGUGUGCUCUAUGGAGUUGUAGAAGGUGGCGAUAUUGAAAUUUACUGAAAUUUGCUGAUUUUUAUGUUCACUUUUCCCAGGUAAUAGUGAGAGAUAUGAUGACAUGAUAUGAUAUUAUUAUACAUAUGAAAUAUCUCCGUAACUAGAAAUUACUAGUGUAAGACUCUGUGCAAUUUUAGGCCAAAUCAUGGACUAAAUGUUACUUUUAAUGGGAAAUCUCCAUUUCAAAAUGCUGUGUAAUCCAAAUACUAGGCUUAAUCCCUCAUUUUUUGAGGGCAUUUUCCAUUUGUGCAAAAUUCAAACCAACGAGCUUUGAAUUGUAGUUUUACACAUAUCUCACCUCCUUUAUGAUCUCAUAAUUCAUAGGAUCUGGAGAGACAUUCAGGGGGAAUAUAUACUAUAUACACUAAAUUUAUAUGGUUUAUUAUACAGCUCUGUAAAAAAUGAAGAGAGCACUUCAGUUUCUGAAUCAGUUUCUCUGAUUUUGCUAUUUAUAGGUUUAUGUUUGAGUAAAAUGAACAUUGUUGUUUUAUUCUAUAAACUACAGACAACAUUUCUCCCAAAUUACAAAUAAAAAUAUUCUCAUUUAGAGCAUUUAUUUACAGAAAAUGAGAAAUGACUGAAAUAACAAAAAAAAAAAGAUUUCAGACCUCAAAUAAUGCAAAAGCAAUAUUUGGUGGAUUAACCCUGGUUGGUUUUUAAUCAGUUUUUUUCAUGCAUAUUGGCAUCAUGUUCUCCUCCACCACCAGUCUUACACACUGCUUUUGGAUAACUUUAUGCUGCUUUACUCCUGGUGUAAAAAUUCAAGCAGUUCAGUUUGGUGGUUUGAUGGUUUGUGAUCAUCCAUCUUCCUCUUGAUUAAAUUCCAGAGGAUUUCAAUUUGAUAAAAUUAAGGAAAAAAUUCAUCAUUUUUCAGAGCUGUAUAAUAGAAUAAAUGUUUACCGCAGGUUGUGAUCACUGUUAAUUUAAUUUACCCUCCUAAUGGACCCACAGCACCGAACGUGAACUUGAUGGACGUCUACAGAAGGACGGACGACCUCAGAGAUCUACAGAGCUCCAUAUUAAAAAUCGCCUCAUGUGUUUCUUCACACAAAAACACUCCAGCUGCUCUUCCUCCUCUAAAACCUGCUUUUCCUCACUUUCAGAACAAAUAAAACCCACGACACACUCGCACAAAACCCUGUGCAUCACCCUUUACUCCCUCACACACUCACACACACUCUUCCCUCACUUAUGCUAUCGUAUGAAAGGCUUCAUUAUUCUUUAUUUUUAGCUAAGGGUAGCGACCCUGCAGAGUGUGAUGUUACAUUACUCUAUAAGGGAAAUAUUUAAAUGCACUCAAUCACUCACUCGCACACACACUUACACACACACACAUAUGCUUUGUGUUAGCACACAACAGAAUUAGGGCUGGCCCGAAUCGUGUUUAAUUUUUUCGUUGUUAAAACCACCCAAAAAUCAUAUUAAGUGUUGGUGACGAUGUAUUUAGGCCUUUUUACACUAAGUCAGAAAUGUUAUAGUUGCCAAAGAAAUGCACGUCAAAAAUUUCACUCAAAAAUCAUAUUAAUGAUUAAUGAUAUUAAUGUAUUUAGGCCUUUUUACACUGAGUUAGAUUUUUACAGACCUGAAAAAUGUGUCAAAAUUUAAAAUCAGAUUUUUACAGACAAAAAAAUGUUCAUUAAAAUUUAAAGUCAAAUUUAUACCAACAAAAAAAUGCAUAGCAAAAUUUAAAGUCGGAUUUAAACAGACAAAUGAUGUGCGUCAGAAUUUAAAGUGUGAUUUUUAAAGAUCAAAAAUGUGCAUUAAAUUUUACAAAAAAAAAAAUGCACAUCAAAUUUAAAGUCAGAUUUUUGCAGGCAUAAAAUGCAUAUCAAAUGAUCAAAUGAUGUGUGUCAAAACUUAAGGUGUGACUUGACCAACAAAAAUGACAUAAAUGAAUUAAAGUCAGAUUUUACAGGCAAACACAUAAAAUUAAUAAACGAUAUCUUGAGAAAGCAUACAUUUAAAUUCCUAGUCAAAAAUGUAUUAAACCUAAAAAUGCAUCAGACCUCGAUUUGGCGAUUUUAUAUAGAUUCAAAACAUGACUUUUUAUUACAGUUUGGUUUUCAUAUAUGAACUUAGUAGAUUCUGAAUUUUCUCCUAAUUCUCUUAAACUCUUUCAAGAACUAUAGGAUGAGCCCUAUAAUAGUAAAGUGGUGUUAAAUAAGGGUGCGAAUGAACUAAAAUAAUUAAUUUAGUUGUAAAUUACAACCGAAUAUUCGACUGAUUGCACGAUUUGGGCCAGCCCUAAGCAUAAAUAUGUUGUUUUAGUUUGGUACCAGAUCAGAAAAGAGGGUAUUAUUUUUAUUAAUUUAUUUUUCAGUAACCUCUCUAUGAGAUUUAAGAGUUUUUGAGCUGGAAAAAGGUGGAAAAGUGUAUAAAGCAGGUGUUUUAUUAAGGCUGCGCUCACUUUGCAUGGCUGAGAAUUUAGCUAGAUAAUUAAAAUCACCCGAAUAAUCGCGUGGUGAGCGUUUUAAUCGACGGUUGAAUCGUAGCUAGUUAGCUAGCUAGCUAACGCAAAGCUAAAACGCUAAAAACACACACUUUUGUGGUGUUUGAGUGGAUUUAACCAGGUUUUUUGGUCGUUUUCUUAUUUGUUCAGCUGUUGAGUCUUAAUUGAAGGUUGAAUGAAUCGAACAUUUUCUAUUUUUUACCUAAAUUAAACGAUUUGGAAGUUGUUAGCAUCGUUAGCUUCUCACACGAAUUAUCUUUUCCACCUUAAAUUCUGCCGAGCUUACAUUCUGGCGCCUGCAUUUAAGGUGGAACGGAUAAUUUGUGUGGAAAGCUAACUCCAGCUUGAGUAAAACUAAUAAUUAGGUCAAAAUAAUCACUUUAAAUCAAAUUUAAAAGCUACAAUAAUUAUUUUAAAGAUGUUUUAAAUCAGGAUUAAGCUGUUCUGGUUCGUUAAGACAUCUGUAUUUAAAAGCCAGAUUUUUCUUUAAAUUGAAAAAACAAAACAAAAAAACAGAAAACUGUUCUCUAUUCAUCGAUUAAAACGGUUUAAAAUCAGUAUUAUUCAUUAAUGCGAUUUUAACCAAAAGAUUACUGAAUUUGCGUAUUAUUUAGAUGUUUAAAAUGUACAAAUUGUAGCUUUUAAAAAUAUUUAAUAGCCAAAAAAUGUGAGCGGGUGUUGAUAAAGGUCAAAAUGGGCAUAUACAUACAAGAACUUUUAUUUUGGAAAUUGUAAAAAAAAUAAAAAAUAAAAAAAUUAAGCUGGAGGGUCUUUAGCGAAUAAGUUAAAAGUCCCCGUUAAAUUGAUUAAAGGAAAUGAGCUGGGUGAUGAAUGGUUGCGCUGGAUCGUUUAACUAUAAGAAUUAAUGCAGUUUUGAUCUUUAAAAGAAUAGUUUGGGCCUUUUUUUUUUUGCAAAUGCUAUAAUGUAGCCACUAAUUUGCGAAAUAUGGUAAUUGUACCAGUGACGUCAUGCUAAUUGGUGGCUGCUAAGGUGUUACAUUAGCAUGUUUUGCGCAAAAGCUAGUCCUUAAAAUUGUUUUAUUUUUUUUUUCAAGGAUCUACGUUAAUACAACUAAAACAUCGCAGGCCGUUCCUUCCUCAAACACACCAGUUGUAUUUAAGAUCUGUUCGAUUAGUGUUUUUUCCAGACUUUUAUUAUAUUAUUUUAUUUUUUAUUGUUUUACAAGUGCUCGGUUUGACUGUUUUGAACUGAAUGUAUUAUAAACAACGGAAUAAUAAACUUAAUUUGAAAAGUGA